AUGAAUUUGAUGAAAUCAUCUGAUACGAGUAAUUGUGAAGAAGAUGAUGAUGUUAAUUUGAUGACGAUUCCAUCUAAGACUACGACUUCUACGGCAUCUUAUCUCACCGAAGGUUAUAUAGAAGUGCCUGGUGAUCCGCCUUCCACAGAAAAUUCAAUUGAUAAUGAAAUAUUUCCAUCAUCCUCAUCUUCAUCAGAUGAAGAAGACAGUUCAUCUGAUGUAACUCUAGAAGACUGUUCUAAUUCAUACUUCGCAGGAUACUUGGCAAAAAAGUGCGUGGAAAAAUUCGAAUGUAAUAAAUGUAAAGAAUUUCUGAUUGUGGAUGAUACUGAUAUUAUAUUGAAUGAUCCAAAACAACUACUGAUCAUUAAUAAAAACUAUGGCACUAGCAUUCAACAUUUGAAAUACCCUGGUGAUGACCUCAAGAGUUUGGUAGAGAGAGCAUUGACAUAUUUCUCUAAAACGUUCAACAAGAAGCCAUAUAGAAAUAAAACAAGAUUAUUUAUAAAAAAUCAAAUUUUUAAAAAACUUCAUAAGAAGUGCCAAAUUCUCCAAAGAGUUGAAUGUAAAGAGCACAUGGAUUUUAUUGUGGAUCAUCUCAUACUAUGUAAACUUUAUAGAGAAUGUAAAGAAAUGUCCAAGUAUAAUAAAAAAUCAGAAACUAAAAAACAUCAGAAAUUGAGUAUAUUGAAAAGUUGA